AUGGCUGUUGGCAAGUCAUAUACCUCAACUGUUGCACUAGAGGGCAAGAUAUUUGUUCUCGGUGGUGGUGAUGGUGUUUGCUGGUUUGAUACAGUUGACUGUUAUGACCGAAGCCGUGGUGAUUGGUCCACAUGCCCAUCGUUGACUCGUGACAAGGGGAGCCUUGCUGGGGUUAGUGUCAAUGGGAGAAUCUAUGCAUUUGGUGGUGGAGAUGGAACUGAGUGUUUCUCUGAUGUUGAGAUGUUUGAUCCUACUCAUGGAAAGUGGAUAAAAAAUCAACCUAUGCUGGAAAAGCGCUUAGCUCUAGCUGGUGUAGCACUAAAUGGUGUGAUUUAUGCUGUUGGUGGCUUCAAUGGUGUUGAAUAUCUGAGCUCUGCUGAAAGACUUGAUCCUCGGGAGCCUAACUGGAAAAUGCUGCCAAAGAUGAGUGCACGAAGGGGCUGUCAUACACUUACAGUGCUUGAUGAGAAGAUAUUCUCGAUUGGUGGAUACGACACUGGGCCUAAAGCAAUGGUGGCUACUGUUGAGGUGUGCGAGCCAAGGAUGCCGUCAUGGAUGAUGGUUGAACCCAUGAACUACACACCAGAGGAUAUCAUUCUUCAGCUGUGCUCGGUGGCUCAAUAUUCACCUUUGGUGGGGUGA